CCUACAGUCCCGUUACUGCCGGAGCCGGGGAGCAGCAAGCCUGCAGUCUCAGUCAGUAGGCACUAGGCACUAGGCAGACGGCGGCGGUGGCGGUCAGAGCAUGGCGAUCAUCGACUACAAGGCGCUCUUCUGCGUGCUCAUCAUCUCGUCAUUCACGAGACAGAACGAGGAGGAAGAAACAAACCCCUUCGUGGAGGCAGCCAAGAGUCUGCUGCAGGACUACACCAAAGACCACGGAGGCGAAGGAGGUGCUGCAGCUGCAGGGCUGGGGACGGUGGUACAGUCUCUGCUGCAGAGUGAAGGAGGCAAACAACUAGGAGGCGACCUCCUCAGCGGCCUCGGCAACAUCCUCACCACAGCCCAAGGCAGCAACCCCCAGCUGCUGGGACAGAUGGUGGAGAUGUUCUCGAACAUGGCGCAGACGCAGACAGAGGAGAACAGCAACGUCGACCACAACAACAAUGAGGUGCGGUCGAGCGGAAGGAAGAGAGGUGAUGACGGAAAACCUGCGGCCCCGGCGGCGAGUCCGGAGGUGAACUGGGAGUCGAUGAUGGACAUCGCGGCGAGCUUCAUGUCCCAGGGCGGAGGCGGGAGUCAGGGAAGUCCCCUGGAGGGGUUGAUGAACCUGCUACCAGCUCUGCUGCAGACGGGACACGCGCACCACGACGACGAGACUGAGGAUGUCGAGGAGCACCGCAGACACGAGAAGGCCACCUCCCUGUUACCUCCCUUCCUCAACACAGCCAUGAUCUACUGGGACCACUUCAAGGAGUCCGAGCUGGGCAGGACCCUGUGGACCAACAGUGGCCUCGAGGCCAUCUUCAAGCUGUUCACGGACACUGAUGGCCACUUCCAGAUGGACCGCAUCUUCGAGUCUAUGGAGAACCACAGCUUUCGACGGCGGUGGAUCCGCAGUCUGACCAGCUUUGUGGCGGAAUGGGUGAAACACGUGGCGGACCCAGCGACUCAGUCCAGGUACUUGGCCACCAUCCAGUUCAUGGGUAAUGGGUUCCUCAAGGCGCAAGGCUACUCCAAGGCAGUGCUGUUUGACCCUGCCAGGCCCACAGAGAGUCUCAGUCUCCUGGCCAAUGCUGUGUUCAAGAGACAGUUUGGGCUCAAAGUUAACUCUGCAGUAUACAUCAAGCCAGCAGUAGCCUACAUUCAGGAUGUGUUCAGACUAGGACAGAGCAAGGGCUUGGGACUAUCUCACCUGAGUACGCAGGACAUUGAGGGUAAGCUGGCCGAGACACUCAACGGAGAGGUGCUGGAGCCAGUACUGAGGGUAUGGCGAGCGUACCGCUUUACUCUGCGAGUGCCCAGCUGUGACAGGUAUUUGGUGUGUCAACUCAACCGGUUCCCUCCCGGCACAGAGGGACAAGCUGGACUCAAACCCGGAGUCACCAAACUGUCCAGUUUGGUGGCAUCCUGGUUCCUGUCAGGGCAGACCGGCACUCCGUUCUGGAAGCUGUAUAAUGCUGCAGUUGAGGAUCAUAAUUGUCAGGUGAAGUAUCCAGCUAACUGCAGUCAGUUUCAUGAAGAAGACCAAAGAGUAACAACAGAGCAAUAUGUCCACAAUGAACUGUAAACUGACCUCUGACCCCACCAUCAUGACUCUCCUGUAAAUUGAAUUUUUAAUACUACAUUAUUUUCCAUUAUCUUAUUGUCUCUAUUGAACAGUAUUUAAAAUUAAUCUAAGUUAAAAAUGUAUAUAAUAGUUCUUUCUUUGUAAAUAUAGUGAAUUAAGGUUUAGAAUUUAUGUAUUUUCUAGAAACUAAAGAUA